AGCGUUGUAGUUUAGCAAGAAUUGGCGACUCAAGCCGGCUCCCGGUGAAUCCUCCACUGUCAGUCGAGCGAUCAGAAGUAGCGAAAGUAUUCGAUGAUUCAAUUCAAUACCUGUUGCCAGUGUACAAUUCUCGAGUAAGGAUUUCUUUGAUCAAGAAGGGACUUGCGUGUAAAGUAUCGACAUGGGGAAGAGCAAAUCGUCAGAACCGGAGGAGUCCGCGAUGGGCUUCAAGGACAAGCAGAAGGCAUUGGACACGUUGAGUGCCUUGGACGGUCGGGACAUCAGUUACCAGUACCACGUGAUUACCAGUUUCGUAAGUCGUACGAAAAGGACCUUGCAGAUCACUAGAGACGAGGAGAAGCUGGCCAAUCUUGGGGAGGCUUUGAAAGUCUUCGAGGAAUGGCUGAACGAUUACAAGGAAAACAAUCGGGGUAAAGAGAACUUGGCCUACCUGCCAAUCGAGACCGUGAAAAGCUACAGAUAUCUUGCCAAGAAGUACGAUGUUUUGGCGGAGGACUUCUACGAGGCGUACAAGAAAGAGAAAGGAGAUUACAAGGGCCUACGGACCGUCAAGACCCCCAGCGGAGAGACUACGUGGGACAUCGAAAGGAACCGAAGGUUGAAGCAGAUCAUCGAUAAGAUUAAACAGGAUCACGUACAGUGGUUCGAGACGGACGUGGGUGACUUCCGAGGAUUCCCAACUAAAGAACAUGUCCAAUGCAUCAUGUUGGGAUAUAGUCCUGAUCCAACCAAGCUGAAGAAGCUGGUGUCUCAAGUAGAAGAAAAGUUUGCGAGUGAAAACAACGAGAACAUGGAGGUGGAUCAAGAGGGCAACGACAAGGGUACCAAGCGGAGGCACGACAGUUCCUCCAGCAGCGACAGCGAACGUGAAGAACCAGAGAAAAAGCAGUUAAAACGGUCAGCUGAGGAGAAGUCAGUCGGAGAAAAAGAAGAAAAUGGACUAGGUUUCAAGGAUAAGGAGAAAGCUUUACAGAGCAUCAAGUCGCUGGAAGGCAGAGACGUAAGUUAUCAGUACCACGCGAUCAACGGACUGAUGAAAAGGGCCGAAAGAGUGAUAUCGUGUACAAAGGACGAGCAAAAGAUCAAAAACAUGAGGGAGGCCGUCGAAGUGUUCGAGAAUUGGAUCACGGAUUACAACGUGAACGGCCGGGCGAAGGAAAACUUCAAUUACCUGCCUGUCGACCUGGUCCGAGCUUUCAAACCACUCGCAGAGAGGUAUAAGAUCGAGGAUAAUGGAUUUUUCAAAGCGUACGAAGAGGUGGACGGAGAUUACAAGAAGCUUAGAGGCGUUCAGGUUUCAGACUCGAAUGUCACGUGGGACGUAGAGAGGAACAAGAGCCUCGAAAGUUUAGUAAACAGUAUCAAGGAGAAGAAUAUUCAGUGGUUCGAGACGGACGAGGAACUUCGUGGAUUACCAAGCGAAGAACACACACGAUGUAUAAUGUGGGCAUUCAGUCACGAUAUUACCAAGCUGAAGAAACUAUUACCUACACUGGAAGAGAAGUUGAAAUCUUAAUAUAACCUACUUCACAGUGUUUCACCGUGUACAUCGCAUAACCUGUAUGUUUAAGUUUGCUACCAUUGUAUGUACAAAAGAUAUUAAUUAUCUUUAAUAAAUAUAAAUGAUAUUUUCCAA